CAAUAUGAAAAUUUGAAAUAUUUUGGUCAAAUCAGGAUUAGAGCCAAAAGAUAAAAUUCCAACUCCUUGCGAAAACAAAGGUGAAUUUUACUCACAUAAAACUUACUACAACAGCACAAGUGUGCCAAAAAUAAAAGUCAAGAAGCAUAAUGUGGAAAACAUUCGCAAGACAAAGGAAAACUUCUUCAAACUCAUUCAUCACUUGAGAGACCAGAAGGUUGCUAACAAGCGAAUCAAUCACUCUAUUGACCCUGGAACUUUAAACUAUUCUAAGCUUUCGGUUUCUUCAAGAAGAAAUCUCAGCAAAGUUGGAUCCAGACACAGCAGCUUAGAUGGCUAUCAUAGUCAAGCAUUUAGAUUGAGCAAUAAAGCUCAAAGAGUUAGCCUCAUUCAGAAAGUUAAAAGAAGCAUCACUACAGCUCCAAGUUCAGCCUUCCCUGACUACAACAAUAAAAGUGAUAUUCCAUUUGGUUCAAAUAAGUCAGGCUCAAAGGCUUGAAAUCCUGGGAAUAAACCAUGGAAAUGCAUCUACAACAGUCUGCAGAGAUUCAACAUCAGAGAGAAAAGACCAAGGUACAGGCCUCGGAAGGACUUUCCGAGAGUAGACACAAUGCCCCAAAUGCAAGCUGCCAACCGUCUGAAUGCUCAUUCUGAAUCAUUUUCAGUAAAAGAUCAUUUCUCAUUACUCGAGAAAACACUUUACAAUGGCAGAGCUGAUUAUUUUGACAAUGAUUCUCCAAGACUCAGCAUGAAUGUCAUAUUCCACCAGACCCAGAAAUAUCUGACUGCUACAUGUAAGGCUCGACUCGAACAAGUGGUCAAGCUCACAAAGUUCAUCAACUUGCUGAACCUACCGAAGCAUUUCAAAAUGUUUCUGCACGAAGCCAAAGAGCUACUGGUCUGGCUUCCGAAUGCUAGCAAGCCCAAGAAGUUUGUGGAUAAAGCAGGCUUCCAAAUAAAUGCGAUCGGAGAUCUCUUCAAACCCACAGAAGACCAGAGAGAUGGACUGGUGCAGGGGUUCUUGCUCAACUACAAGAGCCAGCUGAUUUAUGGAAAGUUUUGUGAUGGGUACUUACAAAACUACGAAGCACAGAUUUUGUAUGUUGAAGGCCAGUUUUACAAAGGGGACAUCCGGAUGAACAAUCAACAUCACAUCAAACCAGAGAACAGUUCUGAUGAUUCUGAGUCAGGGGAAAAAUCAAUCAGACUCCGGCCUGUUGACAACUUCGACGAUGGCUACAACUUCAGUCGUGUUGGCCAGUCUUACCUCAAAGACAUUUCUGGCUGGGAGUACAUUGGACACUUCAUCAAUGACAGAAUGGAAGGACAUGGAAUACACAUUGACCGAGCAGGCAACCGCUACAUGACUGUGAACAGACAAAACCCGAAGAAUCCGAACUCUGAAUGAGGCUUUUUCUCCGAUGGUAAAAUAUAUGGAGAAUGUGAAGUCCAGUAUCGCAAUGGCGACGAGUAUCACGGAGAACUUAAGAACUUUCUGAAACACGGUUACGGCAAAAUGAAAUACACUCAGCUUGGCUGUCAAGAAGCUCGUGCGGGGUUGUACGCAGGAUUCUGGAAACAUGACAAGCGAGAAGCUAAAGGCAAAAUGAAGUUCUCAGAUGGGUCCUGAUUCGAUGGAGUCUGGAAGGCUGACAGGAAACACAAAGGGACCAUGUAUGAAGCAAAUAAACACAAAUACACUGGCUACUUUCUCAAUGACAAAUAUCAUGGCAAAGGGAGACUCAAAUUAGCAGAUGGAGACAUCAUCGAAGGGAUGUUUGCAAACGGCGAGAUUCACCACAAAGCAACAAUCACUUACAAAACUGGAAAUGUGUUCCAUGGUAAAGUUGUUGACAACAAAAUGACUGACUUCGGAACACUGGUCUACAACAACGGAGAUGUCUAUGAAGGCCAGCUUCAUCAAGGACUCAAACAUGGCUUUGGCAAGCUUCAGACUCACUCCAAUGACAUCUACCGAGGAACAUUCAGAAACGACCUCAAAGAAGGAACCGGAGCCGAGUUCAUGAGUAUCGAAGGAGAGUACUACCAAGGAGACUUUGUCGAGGACAAACGACAAGGAUAUGGUAAAUCAUACAACUUCAACAGAGAACUCAGAGAUGGGCUCUGGGACACUGGCAAGUUUAUCGGAGAUGUCAAGUCAAAUGCUUUUACAACUCUGCAGUUCAACAGACUCAUCGACAAGCUCAAGCACGAAGAUGGCCAGCGGAGAGUCUACAUUUACAAAUAAUUCAAUUUGUGGUGCUUCAAUGUG